AUGACUGGCGAAAACGUUGUCGUUCCCAGCAUGAACUUGGAAAGGAUGCUAAGCAUGAAAGGAGGCAAAGGAGAAGCUAGCUACCUUAACAACUCCCAGGCACAGGCUCAACAUGCUGGAUCGAUGCUCCACCUGCUGAGGGAGGCCUUGGACAGGGUGGCCCUGGGCCCGACCGACGCCCCGUUUGUGGUGGCCGAUCUCGGGUGCUCGUGCGGCACCAACACCAUACACGUGGUGGAGGUGAUCAUCAAGCACAUGGUGGAGCGGUAUGAGGCGGCCGGCUGUGGUGGGCCCCCUGAGUUCUCUGCCUUCUUCUCCGAUUUGCCGUCCAACGACUUCAACACGCUGUUCCAGCUGCUGCCCCCACGCUCCUACUUUGCUGCCGGAGUGCCCGGUUCCUUCUACCGGCGCCUUUUUCCGGCAAAAUCCGUUGACGUCUUCUAUUCGGCCUUUUCCUUGCACUGGCUGUCUCGGGUUCCAGAUGUGGUGGUGGACAAGAGAUCGACGGCAUACAAUAAAGGUAGAGUGUUCAUCGAUGGCGCAAACGAAAGCAUCGUGAACGCGUACAAGAAACAAUUCAAGUGGGACUUAACCGGGUUCUUGAGAGCAAGGUCGAAAGAGAUGAAGAGAGGAGGGUCCAUGUUCUUGGUUUGCUUGGGAAGGACUUGUUCCGACCCGAGCGAUCAAGGUGGGGCCGGCCUUCUCUUCGCUACCCAUUUUCAGGAUGCUUGGGAGGAUCUUGUCCAACAGGACCUGAUCAGUAGUGAUAAAAGGGACACGUUCAACAUUCCGGUUUACGCGGCCAGCCUGGACGAGUUCAAGGAGGUGGUGGAAGCCGAGGGUUCGUUUAUCAUCAACCGGCUCGAAACCUUCAAAGGUGGCAGCCCUCUCGUGGUGGCCCGGCCGGACGACCCGGUGGAGGUCGGCCGCUCGUUCGCCAACACCUGCCGAAGCGUGGCUGGCGUCCUGGUCGAGGCGCACAUCGGCGACCGCCUAGGCGACGUACUCUUCGAUCGUGUGGCGGUCCGGGCUGCGAGCCGGGCCGAGGAGCUCAAGGACAAGCUUCAGUUCUACCACAUUGUGGCCUCACUUUCUCUGCCCAAUAAUUAUUGA